AGAAUUCGAAUUGCUUUGGUGGGGCUCGUGUUUAGUAAUACUUCGAACGCUUGACGAUCUCCACAUGUGGGGAGAGUGCUGUGCCCGACGAUCGCAGCAGCAGCAAAUCAGCGUUUUCUUUUCGUGUGUGUUUAGAUAGAGAUAGAUCGCAAGAGUGAGACAUCAAUAAUUUGCGCAAAGGACCAAAGGACCCAUCGAAGAUGUUACCCAGAGAUCUACGGUAUCUCUCGGGUCUUCUGGGCGCCGUGUAUUUGCUGGGCAGCCUCGUUUCCGUGACCUUAGCAGAUAAGAUCUGCAACGAAACGAUAUGCGACUGCAAGGGCCUUAAGGGAUAUGUUGGUGCCCAAGGACCCGCUGGAGUGGGAGGCCUGGAAGGUCCUGCCGGUGACUUAGGACCAUUCGGAAGGGCUGGCGAUGUGGGCGAGAAAGGAGAUGCCGGCGAGUACGGCGAGCAAGGCGAAAAGGGACAUCGAGGUGAUGUCGGACUUAAAGGUGAAAUGGGAUACCCAGGAAUUACGGGUCGACCCGGUGAGCCGGGAGUACGGGGACCCCGUGGACUCGAUGGCUGCGAUGGACGGCCGGGUGAGCAGGGCCCGGUUGGAAAUAAUGGCUUGAACGGAGCGCGCGGUCAGACGGGCAGGCCUGGUCAACAGGGAGCUCCCGGCGACGCCGGCGAGGGCGGAAUUAACUCCAAGGGCACCAAGGGUUCGCGGGGCGUGACUGGCCCAGCUGGCUACAAUGGCUCGCCCGGAUUCGAUGGCGAUCGCGGCACCAAGGGUGACACCGGAUUCGCUGGCCUGCAGGGAGAGCAGGGAGACCCCGGAUUCAAGGGACCCAAGGGCGACACUGGCGAGAUAUCGGAGCUGCCCUACACACUGGUGGGCCAGCCCGGAGCCAAGGGUGAGCCCGGUGACGGCAUCACAAGCCCCGCCCACACGGACGACGACUUGAAGGGCUACAAGGGAUACGCUGGAGUCCGGGGCGAACCGGGACCAGCUGGACCGCAGGGCGAACAGGGUGAGCUCGGACGCAGUGGCGCUCCGGGCGGCAGGGGCGAAAUUGGAGCACCCGGAGACCGCGGCAAGACCGGAAGGGACGGAGAGGCCGGUCCAUUCGGAAACAAGGGCGCUAAAGGUGCUCCCGGCUUUAAUGGCGCGGAUGGCCUGGAUGGAAAUAAGGGAGAGCGGGGAGAAGACGGUUUCCCCGGCUUGCCCGGUGUUCAAGGAAACGCCGGUCCGCCCGGAAAGUACGAUCCCAGUCUGAGCCAGUCGCUGCCGGGUCCCAUCGGACCGCAGGGAGAAAUUGGACCACAGGGAGCCAUCGGCCUGCCCGGUCAACCUGGCAAGCCAGGACGUCGCGGACCCCCUGGUCGAGCUGGCCAGUCAGGGGAGGUCGGUUUGACCGGCAAUCGCGGCCCGCCCGGACGCAGUGAACGCGGUGAGGCCGGUGACUACGGAUUCAUGGGUCCUCCAGGGCCUCAAGGUCCUGUCGGUGACCCAGGCCCCCAGGGUCGCAACGGAUUACCCGGUGAUGCUGGCCACAAUCUAUAUGGAAAAAAGGGAGACCCUGGUGUGAACGGAGCGUGGGGCAGGGAUGGCUAUCGUGGUGAUCGUGGAGAGAUCGGCUUGCCCGGAGACAAGGGUCUGCCCGGAGAGGGCUAUAACAUCGUUGGACCCAUGGGCUCCCAGGGUCCCCCCGGACGCCGCGGACGUCCCGGUGACGAUGGUCCCGACGGGUACCCUGGCCAGCCCGGUGACAAGGGAUUGGCCGGCGACGACUGCCCCAUUUGCAAGGCCGGACCACGGGGAGCUCGGGGUCAGCAGGGUGACACCGGCUAUCCUGGCAGACAUGGCAGCCGCGGACUUAUCGGUCUUACUGGACCUCGCGGCGUGAAGGGUCAGCAAGGCAAUCCCGGUAGGACUGGCUUCAAGGGCCUGCCUGGCGCACCGGGUAUCGACGGCGAUCCGGGUAAGAUCGGAGCACCCGGUCUUCCAGGAACGGUUCAGAGAAUUGGCAAUCUUCAAAGUGGAGCAAGAGGUGAUGAAGGCGACCGCGGACCUCGUGGCGACCUGGGACCAGACGGUGCACAGGGAUACGAUGGUUACGAUGGCAUCAAGGGUGCCCGCGGGGAGAAGGGAGAGCACGGCGAAUACGGUGAUACUGGACUCCCAGGAUUGGAUGGUCGGCCAGGACGUGAUGGAUAUAAUGGCGCUCACGGGAAAAACGCAAGCACCCCCAAGAUUUACCUGGUCGGCGAGCCCGGCUACAACGGCCGUAAGGGAGAGAGUGGUGACGUCGGAGAUGUCGGUUUCAAGGGCGAGAAGGGUCAGCCGCAUCCGGGACAGAUCAUCGACAACUUUGGUGCUCCCGGUGACAAGGGCUACCGUGGUCUGCCCGGUGCCAAGGGACUCAGGGGCGAGCAAGGAGCUCCCGGACUUUCCGGCGACAACGGUGACCAGGGAUAUCCUGGCAUAACCAUUGCUGGACCCAAGGGAAUGAAGGGUAUUUUCGGCUCGGUUGGCGAUCACGGCCCCCAAGGCGAGGCUGGUCGGCCCGGCCUUAAUGGUGAAAAUGGUGCAGAUGGCAACCCCGGAUACAAGGGACAACGCGGUAUACCAGGUCAAUCGGUGAUUCCGGGAGAAAUCGGCGUACAAGGACGUCCGGGUAUCAAGGGCCUUCCCGGUGAUGCUGGCAGCAUCGGCCAUUACGGACCCUCUGGCCGUCCAGGACCCAAGGGUGUGAAGGGCGAGCAGGGACCCGAUGGCGAGACUGGACUAACCGGCCUGCCCGGCAACAGGGGACAACGCGGCGAGGUCGUCUUUGGUCCACGUGGACCGCAGGGCGAGCCCGGACGCAACGGUCGCCCCGCCCUGUUCGGCAUCAAGGGCCAGAAGGGCGAAGUCGGCGCGGAUGGACAGAAGGGACAAAACGGCGUCAAGGGCAGCAUCGGCUUUCCGGGUCGUCGCGGACCUUUCGGUAGUCCUGGUCUGCAGGGAGCCCCCGGCAGUCCUGGCAUCGGCGGACUACCGGGCAUGACCGGCGACAUCGGCGAUCGCGGCGAGAUCGGCUACACCGGACGCCCGGGGGACAUUGGUCCUCGAGGACCCCUCGGCGAGUUGGGACCUAAAGGUAUCACUGGUGAGGAUGGAGUGUACGGCUAUCCCGGAGCUAACGGCAUUCCCGGAAGGAAGGGCGAGACGGGAGAUCAAGGAUUUACGGGUCGCGAAGGUGUAAAGGGCGUGGCCGCCUACAGUGGCAUUAAGGGCGAUAAUGGAGAAUCCGGCUCGACAGGACUACCCGGCUUCCGUGGAGCCCCCGGACAGAAAGGACAGCGUGGAUUCCAGGGCGAUUCGCCAGUGGCCUUUGAAGGAGCACCAGGUCGGAAAGGAGAGGUGGGCAGCCCCGGAAUCGAUGGAAUCAAUGGCCGUAAUGGACAGAAGGGCCAGCGUGGUGAUCGCGGUUUCGCCGGUCAACAGGGCCAACCGGGUAUUCCUGGAGAUAAGGGAUUGGCCGGCAGUAGGGGAAGCGAAGGAGCUUUCGGCAUUGGGGGCAGCAUCGGCGCACGAGGAAUUAAUGGACCCAAAGGUUUCCAGGGGGAGAGGGGUGAUGCUGGACUUGAUGGCCUGACUGGUCAGACUGGUGACCAAGGACCUCGCGGAAUCGUCGGUGCACAAGGCCUUAAGGGUCUGCAGGGUGACGAAGGUGAAAUUGGCUAUCCCGGACGCGUGGAGAAUCUGGAGGAUCGCUACGUUUAUCGUGGAUUCCCCGGUGAUCGUGGAAUCCAAGGUGAACAAGGAGCUACGGGCGAAAUUGGUCAGAUUGGCUUUGUCGGUCUACCGGGCGCCAAGGGCGAACAAGGAGAGAUGGGAUACGCAGGAAAUCGCGGACUGGAUGGAGCUUUCGGAGUGAAGGGUUCCCAGGGCGACAAGGGUCUGCGAGGACCUCCAGGCCAGGAAUUCCCAGCGGAGAAGGGUGACGAAGGCGAUGCUGGAUUAAAUGGACGCAAUGGUAGUCCUGGACGCAUUGGCCAGAAGGGAGCUCCCGGAGCACCAGGAGAAAAUGGUCCUAACGGUGUGAUCGGACACGAAGGACCCCGGAUCGAGGGUCCGCCCGGACCUCCGGGCGACGUUGGAUACCCCGGAAAUCCAGGAUACAAUGGUCGACACGGUCAAGUUGGACCCAAAGGAGAGCAAGGUGACCAGGGUCGCCAGGGUGAGCAGGGUGAGGCUGGAUUUGCCAUCUUUGGCAGUCAGGGCGACACCGGAGACGUCGGCUAUCAGGGUGCUCCCGGCUUGGACGGCGACAAGGGUGAGCAAGGAUAUCCAGGGCAACCGGGGCAGAACGGCAGGACGGGUGCUCAGGGACCACGGGGACCCACUGGCAACGUUGGCUGGCACGGUAUGGAUGGCAAGGAGGGACCCGUGGGCCCCAAGGGUCAGCCGGGAGAAACAUUCCCCUAUUCCAUGGCUCGCGCGGGAGAUCGUGGUGAGCCGGGAAUCGAUGGAUUCCCGGGCGAGGAGGGCGAUCAGGGACAACCAGGAUUUAAUGGACGCCAAGGACUGAGAGGUGAGACCGGAUAUCGCGGUGACCAGGGUGGAGUGGGCUACUCAGGAGCAGAUGGCCCCCAAGGACCGCGAGGUGACAUCGGUGAAAUUGGCUUUACGGGACCUUCUGGACGACGUGGUCUGCCCGGACCUCAGGGUGACCCGGCGCCAGCCCCACCGGCUCCCAAGAGCCGAGGAUUCAUCUUCGCCCGCCACUCGCAGUCCGUGACUGUACCCCAGUGUCCGGCCAAUACCAAUCUGCUGUGGGAGGGCUACUCCCUUUCUGGCAACGUGGCCGGCAGCAGAGCGGUGGGUCAGGAUCUGGGCCUGUCCGGCUCCUGCAUGAUGCGAUUCACCACCAUGCCCUUCAUGCUGUGCGAUGUGAACAACGUGUGCCACUUUGCCCAGAACAACGACGACAGUCUCUGGCUGUCCACCGCCGAACCCAUGUCCAUGACCAUGGCACCCAUCCAGGGCAGGGACCUCAUGAAGUACAUCUCGCGUUGCGUGGUGUGCGAGACCACAACCAGGAUCAUCGCCCUGCACUCCCAAUCCAUGUCCAUUCCGGACUGCCCCGGCGGCUGGGAGGAGAUGUGGAACGGAUUCAGUUACUUCAUGAGCACCUUGGAUAACGUAGGAGGCGUUGGACAGAGCCUCGUCUCCCCGGGCUCCUGUCUGGAGGAAUUCCGCGCCCAGCCGGUGAUCGAGUGCCAUGGCCAUGGACGCUGCAACUACUACGAUGCGCUGGCCUCCUUCUGGUUAUCCGUGAUCGAGGAGCAGGAUCAGUUCGUGCAGCCCCGCCAGCAGACGCUCAAGGCCGAUCAAACCAGCAAGAUCAGCAGGUGCACGGUUUGCCGACGUAUCGUGGUGGCCCGCGCCACUGCCUCGGCGACACGCGCCUCUGCCUCGGUGGCAUCCUCAUCGAAUGACGACUUUAACUAUAGGACUAGCUGGCCAUCCGACUCAAGAUCUGGUUCGCAAGUUCGCCCUAACGUCAACGCAGGCCGGUCUUCAAAUGUCCGAACUGGAUACAAUCCCCCCUCCAAUGCAGGAGGCAGUGCUGGCUACAAUUCUGGCCAGUCAACGGGUUACAAUGCAGGAAGUAGUCCUAGCUUCAACGCAGACUGGUCAACUGCUACCAAUGCAGGAGGCAGUCCAGGCUACUACUCUCGCCGGCCAACGGGCUCCAAUGCAGGAAGUAGUCCUGGCUUCAACUCAGGCUGGUCUACCGCAACCAAUGCAGGAAGUAGUCCUGCCUACAACGCAGCCUGGUCAACCGGAACCAAUGGAAGAGGCAAUCCUGUCCCCAACGCUGGCAGGUCAACGGGCUCCAGCUGGAGCUCAGAUCCGCGCGAUCCCGUCGUGUCCGGGUACACUUCAACUGGACGUCAACUGCCGGUUCAAUCCAGUGGAAGGUACCAGGCACAAGGCCCGAGCAAUUUUCAGACCUACAACGAGUUCGGUCGCUAUGGAGGCGAUACCCGCCAGUACAACCGACCUCCGCGUGAGAAUGAGGACACCACCGCCGCAUAGAUUGCAGUUCUUACUAAGUAGCAGUUAAAUUUUUGUCUUAAGUCUAUUGCUAUCCUAUCAUGAUCACGAUAACGAACCAACCCCAAUAUCCCAAUCAAAACAAGCAAACACCAACCACUGAACAGUGCCAUUUUCCGUGGAUAUGUAAUCUAAUUACGUGUACACCUAAUAUUAAUAAUAUAACACAUACCAAGUGCCGAAUGCCAAAUGCCAAAAAUGAAAAUGGGGACAAGAAGAGAUAACCACUGCCUGCACUGCAACGAAAGUAAAUCUUCUGCCUCUGUUGGGAUUAUUGUAAACGUAACAAAAACCAAAAACAAAACCCAGUUUUUUGAUAAAUAAAAUGUACAACUCACUAUA